AUGUACACGUUCGUCCUAGAAUGGACACCGGCUCUUUCUAAGGCUACAUUUGCUCCAAUCCCUCACGGCUACAUAUUUGCUAGUUUCAUGGUGGCUACUAUGAUGGGAUCAUCAAUUUUCAAGCUUCUUUCUAGGACGAUUCGCCCGGAGAGUUUCAUGCGGUACGUUCUUUUGAUGUCCUGCUGUCUGCUUGGGUGUUCCUAUCGUCACGCCAAACAGCGCUAUGUGCGUGUUUAUCGCAUUCCUUGUGUUCGAAGUAAGUUUUUCUGA